ACCUAACUAAAGGAAACAAAAAAAAGCCAAAGCAGCCCACGAAUGCAACUAUUUAAAUGGAAGCAAGGACCAGUGUUUGAACAACUUGAACCAUUCUCUUCCCUAUCUUUCUGUAUGUAACACUUGAAACACAUCGAGAUGGCUCAUAUGGAGAAAGUCAAGAUUGUUACUGUUACAUUGAUACUGUUUGCAGCGUUCAUGGUGCUCCCGCCAAAGACGGAGUGCAUGCUAAGGCCGCCACCACUGAGGCCACCACAACUGGCUCCCCGUCCUCUUUGUGCGUCACAAUUUUCACUUGCAAACUAUGCUUGUGCACUACUUCCCUUGAACCCAUUACCACCCUCUCCUCCUUCCCUCAGCGUUAGUGCUGUUAAUGUUGCUGCGGAUGACGACGACGACGACAAUGAUGAUGAUGACCAUGACCAUGAUCAUGAUAACGAAGAGCACCAUCACACCCACAGGCAUAGGCGAAGUCAUGGCGGGCACCAGCGUAGGCAUAAGCAACACCAUCAUUCACAAACCGUGGACAAUUGUUGUCGGUGGGCAAGUCAGGUGGACAGCCAAUGUGUUUGCGAGCUGCUAUUUCUCUUGCCCGGUUUUGCAAACUUCCUCAUGAGGCCUUUGCACGAUUACACCCUGCGUAUUAGUGACUCUUGCAACGUUACAUACACGUGCGGUGGGACAAGAAUAAGAGCUUGAAUGGUGCAUUUACGUCACGAUGCAAGGUGGUGCUUGGUUCAUACUUAAGUUUGGUGUAGUUUUGGUUGUUUUGUGGGUUUAGAUUAUAGUCAUCUGCAGGUACUACCUAUUAUUAUCACUUAGCUGUUUCGGUCUAUUAAUAAUUUUGCGCAUUCGUAAUAAAUUGAAGUUGUUGGCAUGA